CCAAUUCCAACCCGAUCGGCAGACUUUUAUCUCUCAGGACUCCAGCACGCAAUGAUUGCGCCGCAUUGCCUUGUUUGAUAGUCCUAUCAUACCGCCAGCUGUUGGACUGGAUUGUAUUUCCUGAGUCUUUCGAAUUUCUUUAGCGGCCCCUCUGCACCUUCCAACCAUUGCAAAAUACCUACCUACACAAUCUCCGGUCCCAGUCCCUGCAGGGCCGUCUGUCUCUGUUUACCAGUCGAGCUUCCAUCCUUCCGGUCCACUCAAAAACACAAAAAAUCAGCGGAAAUCCACCCCCAGCUUGCCCGCAGUCGUUCUGUUCUUCACGUGGCUUCAGCAACCCCCGUCGCCACCCAACCUCCCAGGGAGGUCGGCCCACGACUAAUUCCCUGGUCUGGUGUCAGUCUACUCGAGUCUCGACGCCGACCUACAGGCACCUCCACUAUCUCACACUCUUCAAACAUCUUGGUGUGACACAUUGUCGCCAUCAUGUCUGGCAGUCCAUUCCAACCCAUGGCCGCCCAUUUGCAGGCGUCGACGCCCCGAAGACCAUCCAUGAACCCAGGCUCGAGCUCGGCAACACCACCGCCACCGGCAACACCCUCAAGCAAUGCAGACCGGACUGAUCCAAACGGACAGCACCAACAGCCACGUCGGCGCAAGAAUCACCGAGGGGGGGCCAAGAAGAAGCGCAACCGCCGUAAAUCUUUCGCCGUCUUGCCCGAGGAGUCGCACGACGAAGCCCCCGAUCCCGCACCUGAGCGCGAGGACUUCUACCGUCAGCGCACCAAUCUGAGCAACACGAGCAUCGAGAGUGAGGCGCUUUUGGAUCAUCGAGAACAGCAACCACUCCGGCCUCGAAGACCGUCCGUCAUGAAUGCCUCUGCGCCCUUCCCGGCCUCGACGGCGACGCCUCAAACGGGUAGCAGGCUACGCAAUGCCUACGUUGGCGACAGUGGGGAGGACGAUGACGGAUCGUGGGAUGAGGGCGCACCUUUGCUGUCCAGGUCCAUUCAGCGCUCUUCGACUGCGCCGAUGUUUCCCAGUUAUGGCUCGAGCGACCCUCGCCAGCGAGCGAGCCGACGCGGGUCCAGCAGGUCCUCCAGGACGAAGCUCGCGACACCUUUCCAAAAUGACAGUUACAACGUUAACUACCCCCCGUCAAUGCCCGGGUCACCGACCUUCCGACCAUCUGAUCCAUUGAACCUGAGCUUUGGGGACGUCAUGAUCCACGACGACGAGAUUGAUAUCCACGCCUCGCCGCGCAGCAGUCGUCGGGGCAGCGUUGGCUCCCAUUCGGAACGCGAUGGCCGUAAUGAUUCAUCGCCUGAUCUGGCACGGAGAAACACCAUCGCAUUGACUGCUCAAGAGGACGUUUGUUUCCCGAGCGGCAUCUCCGAAAUCGGCGACGAGGAAGGGCAUUCGCAGGACCCUACGGCCAAGCAACGUCCGAGGCGCCGCCGUCGCCGUUGGCCAGAUCUCGCUAUUCUCGAAGAGUGGAGCCGGUUUGAAAAGGAGGGGCGCAGCGACGAGAGGCGCGUGAAGCGUAUUACCGAGCCUCAGCUCAUCAACGGUCGUCUACGGCCAAUUACCCGAGAAUGGUAUCGUGCCGAGGAAGAUGCGCCAUAUCGCUUUACUUACUUCAACGAGGAGUUCCAGAGCACCAUUCACAGCCAGACUAUAUCGGAGCUCGUGCAGCCUGGUGGCAACUUUCAGGAGCUGUUCAUUCCAGACCCACGCGUUCUUUCCGAUGACGAGAGCGAAGACAGUGAAGAGGAGGCCGGUUUGGCGCCCCUAUCCACGCACCACUCUCACACUGGGCUGAAUGGAGAUUCUCGAGCUCCAACUCGGCAGCCAUCCCUGGCAAACACUCAAACGGAGAGUGAGAGACGAGACGGUGUCAAAUCCCCAGACAAGACCUCAGGAGGCAGCUCUCGUGCUGGAUCAGUCCACCGAACGCCCACUGGAGUCCGAUCUCCGGUUGUGGGCAACCAGACCACACAGACGCCCGAGUUGCUCGUCAAGACACCCAGGUAUGGCGAACGGCCAGUGUGGUGGCUCGAUGUGCUCUCCCCAACCGAGGCAGAGAUGAAGGUGCUAUCCAAGGCUUUCGGCAUUCACCCGCUUACCGCCGAGGACAUCAUGGUUCAGGAGGCGCGGGAGAAGGUGGAGUUGUUCCGCCACUACUACUUCGUCAACUACCGAUCUUUCGAUCAGGACCAGAACAGUGAAGACUACCUCGAGCCCGUCAACAUGUAUGUCAUCGUCUUCCGCGAGGGCGUCAUCAGCUUCCACUUCUCUAUGACACCGCAUCCCGCCAACGUGCGCCGCCGUAUCCGUCAGCUCAAGGACUACCUGAUUGUCAACUCGGACUGGAUCUCGUAUGCCAUCAUCGACGACAUCACGGACGUGUUUGUGCCAUUAAUCCAAAACAUUGAAGACGAAGUCGAUGACAUUGAUGACGAAAUCUUGAGGCUUCACUCGACGAGUGGCAACACCAAGAACGACGUGUUUGACGAGAAGGCAAGCAACGCAGGAACAUCGGUUGGAUCCGAAGGCGACAUGCUUCGGCGAGUGGGCGACUGCCGCAAACGUGUCAUGAGUCUGUAUCGUUUGCUCGGCAACAAGGCAGAUGUCAUCAAGGGCUUUGCGAAACGGUGCAACGAGCGCUGGGAGGUUGCCCCGAGGUCAGAUAUCGGACUGUAUCUGGGCGAUAUUCAGGAUCAUAUUGUGACCAUGACGUCCAACCUCAGUCACUACGAAAAGAUUCUUGCCCGGUCUCAUGGCAACUACCUCGCGCAGAUCAAUAUCCGCAUGAACGAGCGACAGGAGCAGACGGCCGAUGUUCUCGGCAAGCUAACUGUGCUGGGUACCAUCGUGCUGCCCAUGAACAUUAUCACUGGUUUGUGGGGUAUGAACGUAUGGGUGCCCGGCCAGGAGUACGAGGGCGACUUGAAAUGGUUCUGGGCCAUCACGGCAGGCCUCUUGGCAUUCGGCAUGGGAUGCUACCUGAUUGCGAAGAGGGUUUACAAUAUUGUGUAAUGGAGAUUGGGCUUUCCUUCUUUUACCCACCUUUUCCCCCCCUUUUUGGGGUUAUUGCAGGCGUUUGGUUGGGAACAAAAGCAAACGCGAUGUCGUCGGGCAUGGUUUAGAUUGGUCGGUGCAUCCACGGAUGGUAAACGGGACAUGUGUUUGUACGCCAGUCGUCGUUGGAUAAUGUGAAAUACUCUUUGGCUUGGAGAUUUGGAUAGGUGAGCACGGCCGUGAUCCUAGCACGCCUCUGCUGCAUAUUUUCACUUCUCUAUGUCAACAGGAUUCGGUGGAAGUAAAUUGUGGCUCCCAUAACCAGGCUGCUCACCCACUCUCUUCCCGGCGUCCUCCCGGCUGCGAGGCAGCAAUUUGCAGAU